AGAAAACAUUCCUAAAUACAAAUCUAAAACCUCAGAGGAUCCAACAAAUGGCUGUUUUAAGUUAUUUUCUUAGGUUAACGCUUUUUUUAUGCCCCUAAAAUUCCGAAGAUGGUCUACCAAAUUAAACUCCUAAAUCUCCGUUAAUCUGUGUGUCCUCUUAAAAGAUUAAAUUAAAACCCCACUUGAUGAUUAUCCCACUAAUCCUUUAAUAAAUUAAAUUUAUUUUUUUGGUUCAAUCUAUCGAUCUCUCUCUCUAGAUUUUGGGGGUUUUGCUCUCUCUCUCUCUCUCUCUCUCUCUCUCUACCUUUCUUUCUCGUAUUUUUCUGUCUCCCAAUCGAGAGACGGAGGGAGAGAGACGUAAUUGAAAUCGAUGGGUUUAAUCGUGGAUGAUAACGACGGCGAGCUUUUUAUUCCGCCGCCGAAUUUCUCGAUGGUCGAAGACGGCAUUUACCGAUCUGGGUUUCCUCAGCUAGAGAAUUUCGGUUUCUUAUCAACCCUGAAUCUUAAAUCUAUCAUUUAUCUGUGUCCUGAACCAUACCCUGAGGAGAAUCUCAAGUCUCUUGAAUCCAACAACAUUAAGCUUUUCCAAUUUGGAAUCGAAGGCAAAACGGACCCUCCAACUCCUAUGCCAAAGGAUACAGUGUUGAGUGCUCUUAGAGUCCUCGUUGAUGUCAGAAACCAUCCGAUUCUCAUCCACUGUAAGCGCGGAAAGCAUAGGACAGGUUGUCUUGUGGGAUGCUUGAGGAAAGUUCAAAACUGGUGCUUAUCAUCGGUUCUUGAGGAAUACCAGAAGUGUGCGGGUUUGAAAUGGAGGCAGAGAGAUUUGAGGUUUAUAGAGGAUUUCGAGGUGCUCAGAUUGAGGCAAUGUCUACACAGCAUUAUCUAUCAGUACAAUGGCUAUGGUCUCAAGAGGAGAAAGCUGCUGUACCAAGAAGAGAAUGUUGUCCAAGAACAGCAGAAAGCUCAAGCCACCAAAGGGUGAAACGGAUUGUAUUUUUUUCUCUCUUAUCUAGAUUUUUGAUUCUUUACAUUUUUCGUGAUGAUGAUGAUGAUGAUUCUUUUGGGUUUAGGGUAGUUUUGAAAACCUUACGAAAGCAGAGGAUUUGAUUUGGUCUUUCUUUUCUUUUCUUUUCUUUACAGUUAGAGAAAUUCAUAUUCUUAAUUGUUCAUAACAAAAUAACAACACAUGUGGCUUUUGUUUACGCUAAUAUAUAGUAUUACUAUCAAAUAUCAAUCAAGGAUACUCGUGUUUCCGUUCUA